AUGUGGCCGGGCCCCGCGCUGCUGCUCCUGGGACUGGGCCUGGGCCUGGGCCUGGGCCUGGGCCGCCCGCCAUCCUCCAGCCCUCGCGGGCUACCGGGCGUGCUCAGGAGUGCCCCGGGGCUAGGGCAAGGCGAGAAGAGCAGCGUCCGGGGCGGUGGCACCGGUGGCCUGUCCUCGCGCACAGCCCCACGCCGCGCGGGCCCUACGCUGCCCCAUAGGUGUCCCUCGGGCGCAGCUGCGCGUGUCCUCCUGAAAGUCAACUCCUCGGACCCUGCAGCCUCCACGGCUAAGGUGUCCUGCCAGACGGCCACCUGUACCAUUCAGCAGGUGAAGAUCAACAGGAAAGACCAGCAGGCUCCCCUCAUCCUGAGCAGGAAUGAGGAAGUCACCCUCAACGUCACCAUGCUCUGGGACUGCCCCGAAGCCAUGAUCAUUCGCAAGAAUUGGUUGUACUUUUUGGUGGCCUCUGUGAACGACACACCUGACUGGAACCGACCUGUGCGCCUGCCGCAGGUGCGGGUGAUGAAGUUUUCCUCUAUCCACAUCCCCAAAUUAGCCCUGUCUUACGGGGUGUAUGUGUUUAACUUCACGCUGUCCAUCAACAGUUGGGACCUCACCUUGCCCCCACUGACAGACUCGGACAGUAUCUACAUUUGGGUUAUAAAACGUCCCCUGAAGGCGAUUCUUCUUCCUGCAACUGCCAAAGUGACUAUGAAUUUCUCUGAUAAACUGAUCCUGAAUGGAAACAUGUCCUAUGACCCAGAGGCAGACAUCCCCACACAGGGGCUCCGAUUUUUUUGGUACUGUACCACAAAUCCUAUAUACUUUGAUGACAAUUACAUACCAGUGACCAAGCAGGAUGUCUGUCACCCAGAGCAGGAUACACUGAAUUGGCCUUGGGCAGUGGGCCCGGUACUAACCAUCCCACCAGAAACUCUUAGGGGCAACGGCGUGUAUUACUUCAGAAUGGUAGUACGGAAACAAAACAGAACUGCGUUUGCGGAUAAAACCGUACAGGUACUGAAAGGACUCCCGCCUACGGCGCUCAUUUCAUGCAUAGAAAAUUGCGGCCCCACAUUAGUCGUAUCAGACCGAUUCUCUCUGUCUGUGGAUUGCACAGGUUGUUCCGGCCAGGAUUUCUAUAGCUGGUCCAUCUUAUCUCGGUCAGGUCAUGAAGUGAUGUUUGACUGGACAGGGCAAGCUGUCACCAGGAGGAAUGGGACUUUUUUAUCUAUAAAAGCAUUUGCCUUUAGGAAGUUUUUGGAACGCGGGUUUUGGAUUUCUCUGGAUCUAGUAUCUUGGAGUGGUACAACGUUGAAUUUGAUACAUCCCUUUGUCAUUAACCAGGGCCCUCAAGUUGGCAGGUGCAAGAUCAAUCCAGCGAAAGGGAUUUCGAUGGUUACUAAGUUUGUUGUUGAAUGUAGUGAUUUUAAGGAUAAGAACCUCCCCCUUACGUAUAAGAUAAUAGUAGCUGAGCUGGAGAGCACUGGCGAAAUCAGUUCAAUAGAAGAGAAUAAUACACUGGGGGCCAUUGCGUAUUUAGGGACACAGUCCACAACACCUGCCUUCUUUCUUCCUGUUGGUGUGAUGGCGAGUCACUACAGUUUGAGGCUGUAUGCUCAGGUCUACGACUCACUAGGGACUUUUACUCAGGUGACUUUGCAAGCCACUGUACUGGUACCAACUGCCAGGGACUCCCCGAAGACCGUUUUACAGAAGCUGCUCAAUUUCACCAUGGGACUGACGUCACCACUGUCUACUCUGCUUCAAAAGCAGGACUGGCUGCCUGCAGGCUACUUAAUCUAUGUGGUGGCUUCUGUCUUGAAUAACAUAAAAAAGGAGCCGGAGCUCCAAGAUGAGAGAGCUCAGUUCCUGGAGCACCUUGUCAAUCAGUCUUUUGUGCCCACUAUGAGUACCCUGGACGAGAUCUGCCAGGUGGUGAUGGCGAUCACCAAAUUAACACAGAAAGCCCUUAACUCCAGUCAAGCAUUUUCGGUGGGAGCCACAUUACGGCUGGGGCAAGCAAACCAAGCUCUGCAAACCUACCAACGCAGGAACAAACACUUUCACACCCGGCACAUUGAAAUUGUGGGCACUGGCAUCCUCACUGGUCUGUCUAACCUUCUUAAGCUGAUCAGUCCCUACUAUGUGUUCCAAGACCCUUUCUUUGUAGUUGAAUCACUAUCAGACACAAUCCUGGCUAACAAGGUGCCAGGGAGCAAAACCACAGUACUGAGGACCAGCAACUUUAACAUGUAUGUGGAGAAAGCUGAAAAUUCGCAUAUUGCUAGGGUCUUCAGAAACGAGACACGCUGCCCGGACUGCCUCCUUGCGACACUGACUGCAAGCAGGGUUCCCGGUCUAGCUCCGAAGGCUCCAGUUUCAAUGAUGUUUUGUGAGUUCACCAAUGACCCCUUUCCUUGGUUAACUUACCCAGAAAACAUUUCUUCAGAUGUGGUAGGGUUCAGAAUGACAGGAGCCACGGAUAAUGGUAGUGUCAUAGAGAUCACACCUGAUAUAGCGGAAGUGUACAUGGCUAGAAAAGACUUGACCUUCGCGAGUUUUAACCUCAUGGUGGGACCAGCCCUUGAGGGUGCUGGGCUUUCAAAGAUGACAACUGGUGGAGUUAGCUUUGAGGUGGACAGCAGAAGAACCGGGGAGGUGCUGAUUCAAAUUGUCACAAAAGUGACAGUGUUGUUCAAGGCCUUGGUAUAUGCAGGCAGUAAGGUCACCCCCACCAAUUUGGUUGCCAUGUUCCUGGUACCUCAUGACAUCCCCCCCAUUGCCAAGUGGAGUGGCCUGUUUGACCCAACCUGUCCAGUCAAGGAGGUCCGAGUGGUUUGUCUGCCAUCAUCCUUGCUUCGAAUCAUAGCUCAACGCAGCCAUUCAUUCAAGUAUAACGUAUCUGUGGUCCUGCAGGCACCUCGUUUUGUCUUUAGGCCCACUAACAAGCUAGUGAGAAUUGCCCUCUUCGUGGUUCACUGUUUGGACUUGUAUGGGAUCCAGGGUGAUUGGCAAGAAGGCACCUGUGUGUUGGGUGAGAAGACCACAUGGGAACAAGUCCACUGCAUCUGCAGGAAUGUGGGGCGGAGCCGGCGGCAGCUGGCCUCAGUCAAGCUGAUCUACCAUCAUCUGCACACCCACUUUGUGACUGGUAAGGUGAUCGUGAUCCCCAACCCCGUGGAUCUGCAGCUAACCAUCAUUAGAAAACUUAGCCAAAACCCCGCAACCUUCCUGGCUGUGCUCUUCAUUAUAAUCCUGUAUGUUAUUUUUGCUUUCUGGGCCUUGCACAGGGAUGUAAUGGAUCAGUACCUUCGGGACCAUGUGGUAAUACUGCCUGACAAUGAUCCUUUUGAUAGCAUAUGCUACCUGAUCACCAUCUUUACUGGGAGUCGCUUGGGGUCUGGAACCAGAGCCAACGUCUUUAUCCAGCUUAUGGGAACAGAGAGUACCAGUGACGUGCAUUGCUUAACCCAUCCCUAUUUUAGAACUCUCUACCGAGGAAGCAUCAACACGUUCCUCCUGACAACAAAGCAUGACUUGGGGGACAUCCAUUCCAUCCGAGUGUGGCAUGACAACGAAGGCAAAGCGCCUAGCUGGUACCUAAGUCGCAUCAAAGUAGAAAAUCUCUUCAGCAGACGCAUUUGGCUGUUUAUGUGCCGAAGGUGGCUCUCUGUGGACACCACUUUGGAGGCCACGUUUCCUGUCACCAACCCGAAUGAACCUCUGAGAAGAAUCGACUUCUUCCUCAUUGACCUGAGCCAUCAGCUUGGGAAAAACCACAUGUGGUUCUCCGUCUUCACCGACGUUGUCCCCAAACCAGUCAACAGGCUCCAGCGGCUGUCCUGCUGCUUGGCCAUGUUGCUAAGCUCUCUCGUUUGUAAUAUCAUGUUUUUCAAUCUGAACAGAAAUGAGCAAAGUGAAUCCAUAGAGGGGCGCAUCAUCCGGUCAAUGAUGAUAGGAAUCGAAAGUGUGUUGAUCACAAUCCCCGUGCAAAUAUUGAUAACCUUUUUCUUCACCUAUUCCCAGAAGAAACCGCGAGUGAGUCUAGACAAGGUGGGACCUCAGAAGCACCCCUUGAUGUCAGAGGAAGGCAUGUUCUGGAAAGAGCGACUGGACAAAUGGCAUGAACAUGAAGUGAAGGCUCUCUCCAAAACAGCUACCAGGUCCACGUCUGCUCCCAGGGAAAAGCCUUCAAAGAGGGCCUUUAAGACCUCCCAGAAGAGCAAGAAAGCAGACAGCAAGGACCCAGACACCCAGAAGUCCAAUAGGAACUUCAGUAACAGUAAGGGAGACAGUGAAGACACGUCUUCAAGGGACUCCUUUACCCAGCUAAAUACUGCUGAGCCCGUUAAAAAUAAGACCCAGAUUAUCCUGCCCAGGUGGUGUACUUAUAUAGCCUGGUUUUUCGUGUUUGCCACUUCUGGCGUAUCAUCAUUCCUUAUUGUAUUUUAUGGCCUGACGUACGGCUAUGACAAGUCAGUAGAGUGGCUCUUCGCAUCUUUCUGCUCCUUCUGUCAGUCUGUGUUCCUUGUACAACCAUGUAAGAUUCUACUGUGGUCAAGCACCAGGACAAAAAACCCCAAGUACUGUAAAAACCUCUCAUGGUCCAGCAAGUACCAUUACACAGAAAUCAGGCUGCAGGAGGCGAAGAUGUCGCCAGAGGAGAUGCAGCAGCUCCAUGAGGACAUGGACUACCUCCGAAGCUCGAGCAUAUACCAGCCCAUGAGCGAAGACAAAAUCCAAAUACUCAGGAGGAAGAAGAGGACCAGGAGGAGGUCCCUCUUGUUCCUGAGCUACCUCGUGACCCACUUCAUAUUCCUGACCCUUCUCCUACUCCUCAUUGUCACCCUGCGCCAUAAAGACAGCUUCUUCUAUAACCAGUUCAUUGGCCAUCAGUUCUCCAUGGGUCUCGCCACCGUGAUGAAGCUGGGUGACAUCUACACAUGGCUCAACAGUGUGCUCCUGCCUUUGUUACACAACAACCUGAACCCAACGUUCCUUCCAGACGGCUCCUCCAAAAUCCUUGGCCUUCCACUUAUGAGGCAAGUGAGGGCCAAACCUAGCAACAAAACUUGUCUGUUGGCCAAGAAGUUUGCGCAGAGAAGCAUCGCAAGAGAAAUCCAUUGUCACCCGCAGUACGGCAUUGACCCAGAAGACACAAAACACUAUUCCAGUGUUUGGAAUAAGGCUGGCAAGCGGUCUACAGGCAAAAGCAGUGAUGGAUUUACUUACAAGCCCCCUGGGAAGAAAUGGGUGUAUCAUUCCUACGGAGUGUUAAACACCUAUGGAUCUGGAGGGUAUGCCUUCUAUUUCUUUCCAGAAGAGCAGAUCUCCAAUUCCACACUGAGGCUCCAGGAACUUGAGGGAAAGAAUUGGCUUGAUGAGAUGACCUGGGCUGUGAUUGUGGAACUGACCACCCUGAAUCCAGAUGCCGGUCUGGUGUGUAGCAUUUCAGUUGUAUUCGAAGUCUCUCCUUUAGGGGUCGUCAACUCCAGCCUCUCUGUGUACUCCUUUUCGCUAUCUGAUUUCAACAGAGAAACUUCGGCAGAAACCUACCUGUAUGUGGCCAUCCUCAUUUUCUUCUGUGCCUAUGUUGUGGACGAGGGCUACGUCAUUACGCAAGAAAGAGCUUCCUACUUAAGAAGUGUGUACAACCUGCUCAACUUGUCUCUGAAGUGCAUGUUUACCCUGCUGAUAUUACUGUUCUUCCAGAAGCACCUCCUGGCCACCAGCAUGGUCCAGCUUUACCUGACUCACCCUGGAGCCUUCAUCCCCUUCCAUGCCGUUUCUCGGCUUGAUCAUUCCAUGAGGAUCAUCUUGGCUUUCUUGUUAUUUCUGACCAUACUGAAGACACUCAGGUAUUCCAGAUUCUUCUAUGAUGUGCGCCUGGCUCAGAAGGCCAUCCAGGCUGCCCUUCCUGGCAUCUUCCACGUGGCCUUGGUGGUAUCUAUGUAUGCCUUCAUGUACGUAGUUUUUGGGUAUCUGGUGUUCGGUCAGCACGAAUGGAAUUACAGCAACAUCAGUCACGCCACCCAAACCAUCUUCUCCUACUGCGUGUCAGCCUUUCAGAACACAGAAUUUUCCAGCAACAAGGUUUUUGGGGUCCUGUUUCUAUCAUCUUUCAUGUUGGUGAUGAUCUGUAUCUUCAUCAACUUGUUUCAGGCGUUGAUUCUGUCUGCCUACGAUGAGAUGAAGCAGCCUGUGUAUGAGGAGCCAUCAGAUGAGGCAGAGGCAAUAACCUACCUGUGUGAUAAUCUAAGAUCUGGGUUUGACUUUCUCACCUCCCGAUCUAGGGACAAAGACCAAUCCGAAUUCUUGGUCGACAUGAUGUAUGGGCAGCCAGAGAAAAACAAUCGCCGGUUCCUGGGGCUGAAGACCAGAAACAUCAAUGGGAAGAAAAUGGCUUACCUUGUUGUCUGA